CCACCCAUUCACUCAUCCACUCUCUCUCCACCUAAGCACCCACUCGCCUCCUCUUCCGGCUUCUCCCCCCUCCACCCUCCCCUCUACUCCACUCUCCUUCGCGAAUCCGAACAUUUCAUGGCCUAGGUAGCGGCUGCUACCAUCCUGUGCCGCUGUGUUUGAAAGCGUCCAAUACCCUGGGAUCGCUUCUAGCUCGAGGUGCUAAAAUCUUUCUCUUGCAUACAACUUAUAUUGCUAUCGCCUGUUCAUCCUUCCUUCUUCGUGCUGUUGCUAUUGCUAUCGCUAUUGCAUCCUGCGUCCUGUGUCUUGCGCCUUGCGUCUUACGCCAUUCAGCUCCUGGUCGAGCGCUGUCGCAAUUGACCACCAAUCUCUUACACUCUCUCGUUCUUCCAUAGUCUACUAAGAUCUACACUUGCGAUGGCUUCGCACAAUCAAGCUCAAGGUGAAAUGAUGAGCGAACUCAAGACCGACACCGUCGUCCCCAAGACGCGCAGCUUGGAUGAGGAGGAUUCUGGUGAUGGUUACCAUGACUCCCUCAAGGGUCACACGAAGAAUGACCGUAAUGAUAUGAACCGCAUGGGCAAAGUCCAGGAACUUAGGAGAAACUACCGACCAUUGUCUGCCAUUGCCUUCGUCAUCAUUCUCCAAGGUACUUGGGAGGUGUUGAUGACCGCAACAUACCAAGGUCUUGUCGAUGGCGGUCCUGCAGGAUUGAUCUGGUCCUACGUCUGGACAUUUUUUGGCUUCAGCUUCGUCGUCGCGUCUUUGGCCGAGAUGGCCUCCAUGGCUCCCACUGCUGGUGGACAAUACCACUGGGUCUCUGAGUUCUCCCCACCCAGCAUCCAGAGAUUCUCGAGCUACUUCGCUGGAUGGAUGUCUACGCUCUCCUGGCAAGCAGGUACAGCCUCUGGUCCAUUCCUCGUCGGAACGCUCAUCCAAUCUUGCGCGACCGUCAUGUACCCCGACUACUCUCCUACCAACUGGCAGGGUACCCUCAUGGUCAUUGCUGUCACUGCCAUCGUGUGGGUGCUCAAUGUCUAUGGCGCAAAGGCUAUGCCUCUUUUCCAGAACAUGAUGUUGGUCGUCCACGUCUUCGGCUUUUUGGCCAUCAUCAUUGUACUUUGGGUCCUUUCCCCUAGGCUUACCGCAAAGGACACAUUCACUGUCUUCACCAACAGUGGAGGCUGGAACUCGAUGGGAUUGUCUUUGAUGGUUGGCCAGAUUUCCGCCAUCUACGCCUGCAUUUGCUCUGAUGCCGCCGCCCACAUGUCUGAAGAGAUCAAGGAUGCUGGAAAGACUGUUCCUCGUGCAAUGGUCUGGUCCUACAUCAUCAACGGCGCGCUUGGACUUGUCUUCCUCGUCUCCUACAUGUUCAUGAUGACCGACGUCGAGGCCGCUCUCAACGACCCCUCUGGAUACCCCCAUCUCUGGGUCUUCGCUCAGGCCGUUUCUUCCGGCGGUGUUGUCGCAUUGAAUGUCAUCCCCACCAUCCUCAUCUUUGCAGGAACUUUGUCCUACAACCUCUCCACCUCUCGACAGACCUGGGCUUUUGCCAGAGACAAGGGUCUUCCCUUCAGCAACUGGCUCGAGAAGGUCCACCCUACCAUGAACAUCCCCGCCAAUGCCGUUACAUUCACCUGCGGUCUCACUAUCGCGCUCUCCCUCAUCAACAUCGGCUCAGACGUCGCUUUUAACGCAAUCAUCUCCCUCAACGUUGUCUCCCUCAUGAUCACCUACAUGCUCUCCAUCGGCGCCGUUCUCUACCGCCGCAUCCGCCAGCCCGAGCUCCUCCCCAGCUGCCGCUGGUCCCUCGGAAGAUGGGGCGUCCCAAUCAACAUCGGCGGUCUCGCCUACUCCACCCACGCCUUCUUCUGGUGCUUCUGGCCCAACACCACGCCCACCGACGUCGAGAACUUCAACUGGGCCGUCGUCAUGUUCGUCGCCGUCGCCAUCAUCUGCGUUGGCGACUACUACAUCCGCGCCAGGAAGCAGUACAGGGGCCCUGUCGUGCUCGUCGAGGGCUGGAAGGGAGAGUAAGCGUCUCCUCAUAUCGUUGUUUUGAACGAAGAGAGAGCAAGAGAGAAAAGAAUAGAAAGAUAAUACCCCCAACUCCGUGUUUUGUCGUGAUAGCGCGCAGUCAGAAGCGAUGCAUACCCAUCUGAGCGGCACACUUUCAUCCAUUCAUAUACAUCCGCAUUUCCCUUCCGUCUUUAUAGAACUACAGCGAAGCGAGAAUAGUCGUAUUUCGUGAGAGGUUAAUGUGUGUGGAACAAAAAAUCCCAAUCACUUGUAAUUAGCUCCUCCCACACGCCAACACACCUACACCAUAUAUAAAAUCGAAUAGAUUAGAUACAAAAAAAUUGUAUACACCAAG